AAAGAUAUUUAACUCAUUAAUGAAUAAUUUAUUUGCACGAAACGACGACUUAUCCCGCCUACUCUAAUCGUCAAGACGGAAUAACAAGCGUAACUCUCAUUCUUUACAAUUGCGAAGAUUAUCCCGAUUAAAGUGAGCCUUAACGUAAUGACAAUUUAUGAUCUUAUUAGCGUCUGCCAGCGACAUCGUCUAUGUACACUUUUUAAUUAUAAUCCCCGAAGAAAAAAAUUACAGGAUAAAAUAUAUCAAUCGCCUGUUUAAUCAAAUUUUCCAACUUAAUUAUAUAACUACAUAAAUAUUAAUUGAGAGCUUAGCUGUUUUAAGAGUACAGCGCCAUCUAUUGGCGAAUAGCUGUACCACUGAAUCCAUGUAAAUUCUUUUCAUGGUAACGCUGCGUUGUUCUCUUAGGCAACCAAAAAUAUUGAUAAAACAUAAUAAUACGAAAUAAAUUUACAUUAUAAUAAAUAAAUGGAAGAUCCAGACAAAAAAAUUCGCGUGCUAUGCCUUGGCCCGAAAGGCUCUGGAAAAACCACACUUCUGAAAAAAUUGCAGGAUGCCGAAGGAAUCGACAAUACAUACAGCCCGGUGCCCACUAUCGGUACAAAUAUUUACGAUAUUCACUAUUUAAAUAAACACGGUAAGAAACAGACGGUGACUGUAAGAGAAGUCGGUGGAGAAAUGGCACCUCUUUGGAACAAUUAUUUGGAUGGUAUUGAAAAGGUAGUUUUCGUGGUGGACACGUCCAAUUUAUGCCAGAUUUCGGCUGCGGCAGUUUUGUUUUAUACAUUACUCGCUGAACCAAGACUAUACAAAUCUAAGGUAUUUCCAACUAUGAUAUAAUAAUAAAUACUAUUUAUUACACAAUAGAAAAUAGAAAAUAUACAAACGUCAUACGAAUAUUGGAAAAAUCUUAAGCCUUAUCACUUGCUAGCGAUUUCUGCAAGGCAGUUACUCAUCUAUCGUAUCAAUAGAUAUUAUCUAAUUGUCUUUUCUUUUUUCCAGUUUAUCCUAGUUCUUAGCAAAAUGGACGCAGCUUAUAGACAAAUGCGUAAUGAAGCUCUCUUGAUGCUGCAAUUUGCUCGGUUACGCACUGAACUUAACACAUCUCUCACAUUACUGGAGGCCUCGCCACUUACCUCCGAGGGAAUUGAAGAACUGAGAGCAUUAUUGGCUGAUAGUAAACAGGCCCCGAUUUCAAAAAUUACAUAAUUUACGGCACUCCUACAGUUUUAUUAUAUUUAACAGUAAUAGCAAAACAAUUUUACGUCAACGAUUAAACUAUUACGUACAAUUAUUUACCUGUUUUUUUUAACCACUGUGCAAUCUAGCUAGAUCGUCUGGUGUGGUGAAUCUUAAUCAUAAAAAGUGUUUUGAGGGUGUAAUUUUAUUAUAUAGAGAUAAGGUUUUAUCAGAACGGGCUAAAAAAUUAAAGAAGAACAAACGUCUUGUACCAGUUUUAGAAAUAACAAAUUUUAUUUAUUUACUUGGUAACAUAUAAACUUACUAGGUAGUGUGGGCUAGAUUCCUUUGUUACUUUAAUUUUAAACAAAUAAAUGUCAAAACAAUCGAGUUGGACA